AUGGAUGCCCCCCUCGACAUGCUGCUCAACUUGAUUGAAAGUGCCGCUGGCCAGACCUUGCAAAGUGUGAUCAUCGCGACUGAUGGCAGCAGUCGGGAUGGCAUCGGCUCUUAUGCGAUCGUGUGCGACCAGCCUCGAGUACGGUGUGCGGGGGCUGAUGCCUCGGAGGACCAAACCCCUUUUCGGAUGGAGCUCUUGGCACUCGAAACCCUUUUGGGCGCUUUGUCGACUGUGAGGCGGCCAUCAAGUCGGUGGCAGACCGGAGUGCCUGCAGCUUGCGGCUUCUUGCUGAACGAGUUCAGCGUGCAGGCUGGCUAA